AUGUCUUGCUCGUUCUUGAAUAUUGUUCUAAGCAUCUUGGAGAGUGAGUGUUCAAGUGCAGUUUGUAACGAGGAGCAGAAAUCGGACAUGCUACACGCUGUUAAGCAGGCCAGAAAUAAUAUCAUGAGCUGGAAAGCCCACCAGUUGCGCUCCGUUCACCAAGAUCAGGCCAAAUGUUCUGUUCUAGCUAAAAUGAAGAGCAAAUGCGACGUGUUACUAGUGCAGGAUUGGGCAAUGAAAUUUAUGCCACGAAAAUUUCGAGAGCCGCAAUCAGACUGGUUUGCUAAGCGCGGUUUACCAUGGCACAUAACAGUUGCUAUUAGGAAGUCGGAAGAAGGCGAGCAGUUUGAGUCUCAAACAUUCGUACAUGUCUUUCAGAACUGUUUACAAGACAGUGCUGUAGUGGUAUCGAUAAUGCAGGAUUUUCUUGUUUCGCUGAAGAAGGAAAUGCCGGAAUUAGAAAGGGCGUUUUAUAAACAAGAUAAUGCCGGCUGUUACCACAGCGGAUACACUAUCGUUUCAGCAAAAUUUGCAGGCGACAUUGCUGGCGUGGGCGUGGAACGGAACGACUUUUCCGAUCCUCAAGGUGGAAAAGGAAUAUGUGACCGCCAAGCAGCGACUAUUAAAGGGGACAUUGGAAGAUAUGUAAACGAGGGCAAUGAUGUGACAACAGCAAUUCAGCUCAAAACAGCCAUAGAGUCUGGUCCAGGAUCUUGCGCUAAGGCUAGUUACGUUACAUUCAACCCGUCAAGCACUCGGCACGUCAAAUGGGAUGGUAUAAGCUUACUCAACAACUUCAAGUAUGAGGAGAACGGAAUACGAGAGUGGAGGGCAUUUAAUGUGGGUCCUGGAAAGUUGCUACCGUGGUCUCAGUUUGAAGGAGUUUUGCAGGUCCCGGAAACUCUUGAAGUGGUUGAUCCCCCAUCACAGAAAUUGAGUACUAAGCCAUCUUUCAAGAAGGUGAGACACAGACAUGUAAAUAAAAAAUCUGCAAGUGAUCCAAACGCAGCCAGUGAUGCCAAUAGCCGAGAACAAGAAGAUGAUGAUGAUGGUGAAAACGUGCAAGCCUCGCCACUUUUCCCAUGCCCCGAGGAAGGGUGCAUUAAAGCAUACAGCCGCUUUGUAUCAUUACAAGCACAUCUAGACACGGGGAAACACAAGCGACUACCUGAACAGGAAACGCUGUAUGACGAAGCAAAACGAGGAUAUGCUUCAAAGCUAAUGGAUGAAGGUAGCAGGAUUUUCACUGUGCAGUUACAUUGUGAAGAACAAAACAGCCAAUGCUUUUCGCCCCUUACAAUGGGAUGGGCACUUAAGACAAUCACAAAGAAGACACGUUUUACGCAAAAACAGAAUGAAUUUUUGAAACAACAAUUUGAAAUUGGCGAGCAGAGUGGAAGGAAAGCAGAUCCGAAUGAAGUCUCAAAAAUGAUGAGAUCUUCAAGGGACGAGUUAGGAGCUCGUCGAUUUCUACCAGAAGAAGUACUAACAGGACAGCAAAUCACUGGAUUCUUCUCACGACUGGCAGCAAAGAAAAGGCUUCCUCCCAGUACAGUGAACCGGGAAGAGUCGGACGAAGAGACCACUAGAGAAGAUGACAGAGCAUCACAAGAACAGGUAAUCCAAUCUGAAAUCUGUGCGCAAGUGACGAGAGAGGUUUCCCUUCAGCACCCUAUUGUUUCGUCGUCAGGUUACAACAUCUGUGAACUCAUGCGCAUGGGCAAGAAAAAGCUGAUGUCACUGAGUGUGGACAUGCUGCGCAGUAUUUGCGAUGAACUUGGUGUGGACGUCUCUGAUAUAACACAAAGACGAAAGAAUCCGUUUAUUAGUCGUCUUUCAAAGCUUGUAGGCGAGUGCGGCUGUACCUCAUAA